AUGCGGACGGCCGGUGGAGGCACUGGCAGCGGCCACUGCGGCCGCCGGCGCCUUCAAGGAGAAUUGGGCGACCUGAUCGGUGAAGCAGCCGCCCGCGCCGCCUCUGCGCUGGCCCACCUGGAGCUGGGGCAGCUGCCCGAGGCGGUGACGCUGGCCUCCCAGGCGCCCCAGGACCUCGCGGAGCGAGGCUUCCGCAGAGACUGCGCCAAGGCGCUUCUUGCGGCCAGCAGGGUGUUCCUCGAGGUUGGUGAGCAAGAGCGUGCCAUGCAGACCGCCCUGGAGGCGGCUGCAGCUCUGAGGGAUGUGGGUGACUCGACAGGAGAGGCCUUUGCUCUGCUCAACGAAGUGGCCUCUGCGUACUUGGCGCGGAAGGAGGUGGACUCGGCGCUGAAGGUGGCGGCGGCGGGGCUGCGGCUGCUGCGGGCGGCUGAGGAUCUGCCCGGGGAGCUGGUGGCCCUCAAGGCUACUGCCCAGAUCCACUUGUGCCGGGGGGACACUGAGCCCACCUUGCGGCUUCUGCAGGAGGUGAUCUCGCUGUCCAAAGACUCCGGGGACGCCGCCGACGAGACGGACGCCCACGUGGCGGUCGCCCGGGUGCGCGUGCUGCGCAGCGAGGCCGAGGAGGCGCUCGCGGCGGCCAGGGCCGCGCUGGGCGCGGCCAAGACCCCGCUGUCGGAGGCCAAGGCGCGGCUGGGCCUGGCGCGGGUGCUGGAGGCCAAGGCCGCGGACCCCAGGGCGGCGGAGGCCUCCAAGGCGGAGGCGGCGCAGGCGGCGCAGCAGGCGGCGAAGCUCUUCGCGUCUGCGAGGUACAGCGCGGGGCAGCUGGCGGCGCUCAAGGUGGCCUGGGCCCUGGGCGCCGCCUCGGCCAAGGAGGCGGCGGAGGCGUUCCGCGGCGGCGGGGAUUUGCAGAGCUGCGGGGAGGCGCUGCUGGAGGCGGCGGACGGUGCCGCGAAGGACGUGGAGAAUGCGCAGAAGGCGCUGGAGAUCUUCCGAGAGCUGAACCACACCAAGCUGGAAGCAAAGGCUUUGCACAAGCUGUCUGCUGCAGAACGAGCCAGGGGGCAGCAGUCUGCCAGCAUCAAAGCCGCCGUGGAUGUGGUCGCCCUCUUCCAGCGCCGCGGCGACGUGAAGGGGCAGGCGGAGGCAACCUGCGAGCUGGCCAAGGUCUACAUGGCCCUGGGAAUGUUGAAGGAUGCCCUGUCGGAGGUGGGCGAAGCCCGGCUGCUGUUCCAAAAGCUGAAGCAGGUUCAGCUGCAAGAAGCUCGAGUGCUGCUGGAUGUGGCCAUCCCGGCGCACAUGGCUCUCAACGAAGCGCCCAAGGCUGUGGCGGUCGCUGAGGAUGCGGCCAACAUUUGCCGUUCUCUGGGUGACAAGGUGGGCGAAGCAGACGCCUUCAAAGCCUGCGCCAAGGUCUGCGUGCAGCAGGGCGACACCAAGUCGGCGCUGCAGGCCAGUCGCCAGGCGGCCGCGGUGCUCUCCCGGGCACGCCUGGUGAAAGAAGAGGCGGAGGCCUACCACCUCACGGCCAACGUGCAUAUCAUCCGUUUGGAGCCCCGAGAGGCAGUCUCCUCUGCAGCGCAGGCGCUGAGCUUGCUGCGCAGGCCGGGAGACGAAGGCGACCGAGCAGAUGCCUUGAUCACUGCCUCCUAUGGCCACAGCAUGGCUUUGGAAGCCGACGGAGCGCUUGGCUCGGCUGAGGAAGCGGUCGGCCUGGCCCGCCGUACCUGCAGCACGUCCAGGCUGAAGAAGGCUCUACAUGCUCUCGCAGAAGCGCAGCUUCUGAAGGGCCAGUACGGCGAGGCCAUGGACACCGCGGAGGAGGCGCUGCAGGUCCAAAACGGCGACGCCUUGCUGGAGGCACAUUUGGCAGGAGUGUCCUGCUAUGGCAGGCUCGGCUGGUCGCAGUCCAAGAAGAAAGGCCUCCGUGCCAAUCCAAAAGAGAUGCUGCAGAAAGCCAAGGCAGCCAGUACUGCGCUUUUGGCAUCUGGCAACAGGCGAUUUGAGGCCGACGCCAGAUUCUUGAUGGCCAAGGUUCAGCUGCAGGCUGGCAACGUGGAUGUGGCGAUCAACGAGGUCUUGAAGGCGUACAAUGACUAUGGCACGUUAAAAGAUGGGCAGGGUGCCGGCUGGAGUGGGCUCCUGUACGCUGCCUGCCUCUUGAGGGCACCUGCAAAGAUGGCUGGAGGAUACUCGGCGUUGACUUGCCAGGAUGUGGAGGUCCCGCAAUAUGAGGCGGCGCUGCAUACGGCCUUGGUGGCGCACAGCACCUUCCGACGUAUUGGCGACGAGGAGGGCACAGAAGCCGCGCUGCGCGCGGUAAGCGAGAUCCGCGCGAAGAAAGAAGGUCCGCAAGAAGGAUCUCUCCCAAAAGAUACACCCAGGCCCAGGCCUUUGCCACCGGCUUUCUCUACGCCCCCCUCAGCGCUGGUGACGCCAUACCAUGAGCUGGUGGGUGGCCGGCAGAUUCCGCAAGCUUUGGCAUGCUUCGACUCGGGGGAGUGGGAAAAAGGACUGGCCAAGGGAAGGGCAGCACUGGAGUUGGGUGACCAGGAGUUGGCGGAGGGCGCGCUGCUCCACGGGGGCCUCUGCGUGGCCCUAGCGGCCACCGGGCGCUUCGCCGAGGCUCUGCAGUGGUGCUGCCGGCAUUCGGAACAGAUUGCUGACGGGCUCCUCAAGGAGGUGCUGCUUGGGCUCUGGGCGGCGCCGGACUUCCGGCCGGGCGACCGGGUGCAGAUCGGAAGCCUCGGGGUCCAGCGGCUGGGGGUGUUGGGCGGCCUGGCGGAGCAUGGGCUAUGGCACGUUGCUGUGACAGGCGCCCCCAGCACCGCAGCGAGCCCUGGGGAGGCCACGGUCCAGGCGCCGGUGGCGCCGGAGCCCGCGGAACCCGCGGAACCCGCGGGCGCCGCGGUGGUGAGGGAGGCAGAUAUGACUCUCCUGUCUCAAAGGCUCUCCGAGGAGCAGCGCCAACACUGGAGAUCAGUGCGGGAAGAGUUCCCAGCUCUGCUGGGCGAGAGGAUGAGCUCCGGCAAUGAGGCAAGAUGGCGAAGGCUCUUUAGGGCCGCCGGACAGGCCGACGUUUCGGGGGAGGAGGACGGGCUUCCCCUGGAGCAGACCUUCAUUGCCACUUUGCAUGACCUCUGCCUGAAGUAUUUCGACGUCCACGGGGAGCAGGCGGAGCUUCUGGUGGACGUCUUGGGCUGCCGGGCUGCUCUGGAGCUGGAGAAGCCCAACCAGCAGCUGAAAGCUUUGCUCCAGGUCCUGCCAAAGAGUUGCAGGCGCCUCCAUGUUCGCAUGUGUGGCCCAGAAGUGGCGGUGGAUGCGCAGGAGAGCCACGAGUUGGAGGGCCGCGUGCUGGUGCUGGAGCUGAGGCGCGGGCUCUACCACGACGUGUACCCAGACGCAAAGGCGGAUCUUGUCGUGGCCAUGAAUGCGGGCAUGGGCGUGCCCCAGUACAUGAGCAUGUGGAAGCCCACCCUGGACAUGCUGUCGACAGGGCGAGGGCUACUGGCUGUGACCUCCUAUACACCUGGUGAGCUUGUGCGGGAGGAGCAGCUGUUGAGAUCGCUGUCCUCCUUCUGCAUCUUCAGCCAGGAAUGGCAGAGCACCGGCACCUUGCAAAGUCCCCGAGUGGCGCGCGGAGUCGAUGGCCAUGAGGUCCAGCUGCGGCGCGGGGACGUGCUGGAGCCGGUGGACGGCGAGACCGUGCGGGUGACGUGUGGAGAUGCCUUGCUCUAUGCCGGGCCGAACUUGACGCCCGGGCGGAACCGCAACACGGGGCGCCUGGUUCUGCAGCUGGGCGUGCAGCGGCGGGCGGAAAAGAACCUUGCGGCAGAGGCGGAGUGA